CCGAAUGCCCAGCGACAGCAACACGUUGUAUUGGCUUUUACGCAUGCAUUUUACGCUUUUUCAGUGUACUUUUUUCACUUUUAGACACACGCACAUAUUCAGUUCAGUAUACUGUACAUAUUGUCUCUGGGUUGACUGCAAUGGCUGGUAAGAAGAAAGAAACUAAUUUGCAGGCUUCCGCCACAAACCGAGAGCAAUGGGAGGAGGUUCUUGCAACAAAGGGUUUAACGGUGGUGGACGUGUAUCAGCAGUGGUGUGGUCCCUGUCGAGCAGUGAUCAGCCUCCUACGAAAAAUCAACAAUGAACUCGGUGACGACCUGUUACAUUUCGCCACAGCUGAGGCAGACAGCAUUGAUGCUCUGGAGAAAUAUCGAGGGAAAUGUGAGCCCACCUUCCUGUUCUAUGGGGGUGGCGAGCUAGUGGCUGUGCUGCGAGGGGCCAACGCACCCCUCCUUCAGAGGAUGAUCGUAGACCAACUGGCCAAGGAGAAGUUAAUGCUGGAGCACGGCGGUCAACGUAAAGUGGUUGUCGAUAAUGACCUCCCAGAUGAUGAGAAGAUAGAAGAGCAGGAGGCUCAUCACUAUUCAGAGGAUGGAGAAAGAAUAAUAGUUCCUGCCACUAAGUCCUACACCGUUGCCAUCAUCAAACCAGAUGCUGUUGCUCAUGGCAAGGCUAAUGAAAUCAUUAUGAAGAUACAAGACGCAGGAUUUGAGAUCCUGGCCCAAGACGAACGGACGUUGAGCGAGACCCAAGCGCGAGAAUUUUACCAGCACAAAGACUCAGAGGAUUGUUUCGAAGACCUGGUGCAGUUCAUGUCCAGCGGGCCCUCGCACAUUCUGGUGCUCUCUCGUCUCGAGGAGUCAUCUGACGUGGUGCAAGAUUGGCUCAGCUUCAUUGGCCCUGCAAACAUCGAAGAAGCCAAGCGAGAAAAGCCAGAGAGCUUGCGGGCGCAAUACGGCACGCGCACGCUGUUCAACGCUGUGCAUGGCAGCGAGGACAGGGAUGGGGCCGGCAGGGAGCUUGCCUUCUUCUUCCCUGACUUCAGCACAGCCUCGGGAAAGGCGCAGGAUGCAAGGGAAGAGCCUGCGGAGAGGACGUUGGCUCUCAUCCGGCCUGACGUUGCCAGGGAAAACAGAGAGGAAAUUCUGACCCAUAUUAACAAGUCAGGCUUCAAAGUGUCACUCCAAAGAGAAGUGAUGUUGAUAGAAGAGCAAGUUAAAGAGUUUUACGUCCACUGCAACGAGGACGACUACUUCCUUGAACUGCUACAAAGCAUGACGAGAGGGCGGGUGCUUGCUUUGGUCCUUACCAGACAAGAUGCUGUACAACACUGGAAGAACAUGCUUGGUCCUUCUGAUCUCAAAAAAGCCGCUGAGGAGGAGCCUGAAUGUCUCAGGGCCCGUUAUUAUGUAGAAGGAGAUCCGGUCAACCAGCUGCAUGGAAGUGGGUCUACUGAGGAGGCCUCAAGGGAAAUCAGCUUCUUCUUCCCCAUGCAGCAAACACUGGCUGUCAUCAAACCAGACGGCGUGGACAAACACAAAGACACAAUUUUGGAGGAGAUCCGCAACAGAGGGUUCUCCAUCACGCGAAUGGAGGAGAAGCUUCUCUCCAAGGAGAAGGCAGAAGAAUUUUGCAAGGAGCAAAGGGAGCGGCCUUUUUUCAACCAGCUGGUGGAGUUCAUGUGUAGUGGUCCCUGUGUGAUGAUGGUCCUGGAAAAGGAAAAUGCAGUGGAGGAGUGGAGGGCCGCCAUGGGUCCCACAGAUCCCGACUGGGCAAAGAGGGAGUUCCCUGACUCUCUGAGGGCCCGCUUGGGUUCCGACGUCCUCCGUAACUCCGUGCACGGCUCCUCGAAUCCGAAGCAUGCCCAGGAAGAGAUCCAGCUCAUCUUUGGUGACACACAAAAAUCAAAUCCUCAUGGUCCAAACACAGAAGUGAAAGAAGGACCAGAAUUAUGUCCCUGAUCAUCAUUGGAAAACAACUGCUUUCAACAUGCUUCCCCAUUUAGGAAACAAAUGUGGACAAAGACUUGUCAACUUGCAGUAUUCCGUCUCUGAUCUAGUCUUUAUUUACAAUACAUUGUUUUCCUUUCUCCGCUGGGUUAAAGGAUUUAUCCGUAAGUCUUUAUCAUGAUGGUUUGUGAUCAAGUUGAAUCAUCUUACUGGCCUCAUGCAUCCACGUCAUCGUCAUCCUCGAAAGACCUCUCGAACAUCUCCAUGAUGCUCCUUUGAUUGAGAUCCUGCACAAUUUCAAAUAAGGACGUUACCCACUGGAUGCAACAUGAGCUCCCUAAACUCUCUGUCUAGUGCACCCUGAAGAGUAAGAAAAAAACUAUCCCCCCCAAAAAGAUAUGAACCAUAUAAAAUAUAUAAAUAAAAAGCAGCAAAAAAUAUAAUCAUUGGGCAUAGAGGAAAUUGAGUGCACGUUGCUACCUUAGAGUGGAAUUGACAUGUCACUGCAUUGGCUGAGAGGUCUGACUCGGACAGGCCCACUUGCUCCAACACCUUCAUUUUUCCUUGGAUCAUUGGCCUGUGAGGGGGGGGGGGAGAUAUGAUUCCCACAUUCUCCAUAGUAGUGAUGAUGGUUGAUACAUACCACAGGUGGUCAUCAGCUGUUCCUUGGGCGACCAAGUAGUGAAUGUUCACGUUGUUUGUUUGACCGAUGCGAUGGACCCGGUCUUCAGCCUGGAUAAGAACCUGCCAUGCACAAAUACAUUGGCACCAUGACUUUCGAGUAGUCCGACUUUCAGUCACAAGCAUGCUUCAGACAAAAACAAAACGACAGUGCUGGAAUGUCCUCGCAUAAUAUAAAAACAUUUGAUGCA